AUGUCGCAAAUUACAGAAAACCAAGCUACAAGAUCAUUACAUACUUUUUUUCAUACGAAUGAUAAAUCUUUAUCUCAAGCAACUGAAUGUGUUUCUUACACCAUCCCAAAACAAAUAUCCUCUUCCGCUUAUUUUUCUGCAUCAUUGGUCAAAGUUACUUGCUUCGUAAAUCCACAAAGGCAAACAGGAAUAUUAACAAAAUUAUCUCAAGAAUGUCAUAAUCUACAAGAAAUACUUGUUAGAAUUAAUCAAGAAGCGAAAUAUAAGUCGGAUCCUGAUAAAGAUGUCGACGAAAUUAUGGAGGAAUCCAAAACCCUUGCAAACCUUAUUAUGAAGCAAAAAAAAUUGCGAAAAUUUGUGUUUUGGUGCCAUAGAGCGCCUAGAUUAUUACCAAAUUUAAUUUCAAAUGGAUUAUCUGGAAAGAAAUUAGAGAUAUUUGAAAAGUGGCAUACACAAACAAAUUGCAUGACCAUUAUGGAAGCAUUAGAAGCACAUGCAAACAGUUUAGAAAUUUUGUCAUUUGGCGAACUAAAUUCCUUACAUUGGCAAGAGAUUGCUAAUCUAAAAAAAUUCAAAAAACUCAAAGAAUUGAAUUUCGUUAAAUUAUCAUAUCAAUGGAAUUUAACCCCGCUGAAAUUACUCUACACCUCCAGUCCACCAAAUCUUCAAAAACUAUCAUUCUCAAAUUCUCAAAUUUACGCUCACAAAAUAUUGAAAAUUAUCAAAGUAAACUCACAAAACUUAACUACCCUCGAUCUUCAAAUCGGACGAGAAUAUUGGAUACCACCAUACAACACUGACAAGGACUAUCACCUAUUCUUUAAACAUGUCGGAAGUAUUUGUCCUAAACUUUUACAUUUUCGUUGUUUUAUUACAUACACCCAAGAUUUGGAGUCGAUAUUUGAGCUUGUUAAAUCCUGUACCAGAAAAUUUGAACCCAAAGAAUUUGAGAAAUUUCGAAUUUAA